AAUGCCAAUAAAUGUAAAUACAGAGUCUCCUAUCUCUAGAUAUUCACCCUCAAUUGUCUUCCUAUUUUCUCCCUAUUCAUCAUUUUUGCCCCUGAGAAAAUGGCGAAGCUGGUCCUUGCAAUGCUAAUCUUGCUACAACUUUUCUGUUUUUCAGCUAUAAAUGUUAAUGCCUUUGCGGCUUCUGGGUGGACAAAAGCUCAUGCUACUUUUUAUGGAGGAAGUGAUGCUUCAGGAACUAUGGGGGGAGCUUGUGGAUAUGGUAACCUGUAUUCAACUGGCUAUGGGACCAGCACUGCUGCUUUAAGUACUGCUUUAUUCAAUGAUGGAGCUUCAUGUGGACAGUGCUACAGAAUCAUGUGUGAUUCUCAAGCUGAUCCCAGGUGGUGUAUUAAAGGCACAUCUGUGACCAUUACUGCAACCAAUUUCUGCCCACCAAAUUUUGCCCUUCCAAACAACAAUGGAGGCUGGUGCAACCCUCCCCUCCAGCACUUCGACAUGGCUCAGCCUGCUUGGGAAAAGAUUGGCAUCUACAGAGGUGGGAUCAUCCCUGUUAUGUUCCAAAGGGUUCCAUGCGAGAAAAGCGGUGGAGUUAGAUUCACAGUUAACGGAAGAGACUAUUUCGAGCUUGUGUUGAUAAGCAAUGUGGCAGGAGGUGGUUCCGUCAAAUCUGUAUCAAUUAAAGGUUCAAAAACAGGGUGGAUGACAAUGUCAAGAAACUGGGGAGCUAAUUGGCAAUCCAAUGCUUAUCUCAAUGGGCAAUCUCUAUCUUUCAGAGUCACAACUACUGAUGGGGAGACCAGAUUACUCAACGACAUCGUUCCAGCAAAAUGGGCAUUUGGCCAAACUUUCACUACCGCAGUACAAUUCUGAAGUUAAAUCAUCAUGGGUUUUGGAGUUGAGGGUUUGAUUUGGCAGAGGCGUGCUUAUGAUUUAUAGAGCAGCCCGCCACAUUCUUUUGCUGUUUCUCAUCAGAAGAGAUGAUAACCAUCCCAUGAACUCUAAACCCAGAAAGCACAGAACUUGACACACAGUAAUUGCGAGAAACUUUCAGGAUUUGCUGCAAAAUAAGAAGUUGCAGCUGCUUAAGCAUACAUAAUUUGUUACCAUGAGCUUUGUAAUUUUCCUUUUUCCUUUUUACAUUUUACACUUUGUGCUUGUAAAAUGAAUAAAUGUUAUUGUUGUUUCACUU